AUGCGGUCAGCCGGUCCAGAGCUCCUUCGUCACGUCUCCAAGGUCAACGACACCGUAGACGUUCGCAGUCCCCUCACUCCCACUCUCAGUCUCUCUAUCGCUACGGUUGACAGGCCCGACGCCCAGAGCACCAUGGGCCUGUACUUCGCCAAGGGCGGCACGAGCAACAAGGUCCUCGGUCUCACCUGUCACCAUGUCCUCUUUAGGACGGACGCCACCACCAACGACUCCUACAUCCUCGCGAACGACGCCAGUGCUCCUCGCAAAUACGUUCGGUUUCUCCUGUUGGCACUUCUCUUGACCGGUGCAUUGCUCCUUCGACUAUGGGCUCGAGCACCUGUCGUUCUGGCUCCGUACAACUUGUCAUGGUCCGCUGGACUGUCAGACCUUGCCACCUGCAAGCGGUGGUUUUGUGUAGGCAUCUGCAAGGAUCGUCGUGUCGUCUAUCGUAGCUCGUGUUAUCGGACAUGGACACUGAUAAAAUAA